GACCAAGGAAAUAGAAGGUUCUAGAACUCAUACAGUAACAAUGUCUCCGUCUGACUUCCUGGACAAACUGAUGGGAAGGACUUCAGGAUAUGAUGCAAGGAUCAGACCCAACUUUAAAGGCCCUCCUGUCAAUGUCACCUGCAACAUAUUUAUCAACAGCUUUGGCUCAAUUGCAGAGACAACCAUGGAUUACCGGCUGAACAUUUUUCUGCGGCAGCAGUGGAAUGACCCACGCCUGGCGUACAGCCAGUACCCUGACGAUUCUCUCGACUUGGACCCAUCCAUGCUGGACUCCAUUUGGAAACCAGAUUUAUUCUUUGCAAAUGAGAAAGGUGCCAACUUCCAUGAGGUGACGACGGACAACAAAUUGCUGCGAAUCUUUAAGGACGGGGUUGUCCUCUAUUCAUUAAGAUUGACCUUGAUUCUUUCCUGUCCUAUGGAUCUGAAAAACUUCCCGAUGGAUGUCCAAACCUAUAUGCAAUUGGAGAGCUUCGGCUACACGAUGAACGAUCUUAUCUUUGAAUGGCAAGAAAAUGGACCGGUACAGAUUGGUGAAGGACUCACCUUGCCACAGUUUCUCCUUAAAGAAGAGAAAGAUCUCCGAUACUGCACCAAGUAUUACAAUACAGGAAAAUUCACGUGUAUUGAAGUGCGAUUCCACCUCGAGAGACAAAUGGGUUAUUAUCUGAUUCAGAUGUACAUUCCCAGUCUUCUGAUUGUGAUUCUCUCUUGGGUGUCGUUUUGGAUCAAUAUGGAUGCGGCCCCUGCAAGAGUGGCUUUGGGUAUAACAACAGUGUUGACCAUGACCACACAGAGCUCUGGAUCCCGAGCUUCACUCCCUAAGGUGUCCUAUGUGAAGGCGAUUGAUAUCUGGAUGGCUGUUUGCCUGCUGUUUGUGUUUUCUGCCCUGCUGGAAUACGCUGCCGUUAAUUUUGUGUCAAGACAACACAAGGAGCUUCUGCGGCUUCAGAGGCGGAAGCGGAAGCAGAAUCGGUUGGCACAUGUGGUGAGAGAAAGUCGCUUCAGUUUCACCUCCUACGGGGUGGGACCGUGUCACCAAUCAAAAGAUGGAGUCACUCCAAAAGGUACCAUUAGCACGCCGCAACCUGCGCCAAAAGGUCACGAUGACAUGAGGAAACUCUUCAUCGACAGAGCCAAGAAGAUCGACACGGUAGCGCGGGCUGGUUUCCCUUUAGCCUUUUUAAUCUUCAACAUUAUGUACUGGAUCAUCUACAAAAUUGUCAGACAUGAGGACUUCCACCAGCAACAAUAGUCCCAGGCCUCGAUGAGACGUCGUCGGAAGCGGAAAGGAAUGGCAGCGUGAUAGAUAAUCCAUUAGGCCAGGGAAUUCAUCUUUAACACAUUGAACAGUGGUAUUGGAAGAAAUUAUGCAAAUCUAAAGAGAAACCUAAAUGAAUAAGAAUAGUCAUCCAGCGCUUUCUGCAUUUUCACAUCACAUGGAGUACUUGAGGAAGGGAUUAUUUACCUGAGCUGAACAACACUGGCAAGGGAAAACACUGGCUGG